CCUGCCCCAAGAUUAAUUGUGUCUAGUGAUGGCAUCACAGGGAGAAGACUGCUAUUUCUUUUACUACUCAACCUGUGCCAGGGCAAGUAACUCUUAAUCCUUUAAUCAUAACUAUAACAAAAUUAUCAAAUCUGAUUGCCUAUCAACUGCCCUGAUUUCAGCCUUAAUUGGACAGUUUAAUAGGACGGUACGCGUCAUGCCUGAGUAAUUGGACAGUACGCGCCAUCACGCGCACGCUUAAAUGGCUUUUUUUUUUCACUGCUAGCAAAACAAAUUUUCGAAUUUCUUGUGUUUUGAUUUAAAAAAUAACCUGUUAUAUCACAAAUUUUGUUAAAGUUAUGAUUAAUUGGUAACAGAACUUCGUGUUGUCCAAUUCGGUCUAUAAUCAUACUCGUGAUUAAACAAAUCGGACUCCUGCUACGCGGUCGUCCGAUUUUGUUGAUCACUCGUAUGAUUACAGACUGAAUUGGACUCCACUCAGUCCUGUUACCUUUACUAAACACCAAUAUCCACGUACGAAUUCUGCCGACUGAUCUAACUACAUGACCUUAAAGAGUUAGUUCAGAGAAUCAAUAAAAGAUCAAAUCAUUCUACUAAUUUUUGUAACCUUUUCUUUUUAUCUUUUAUGGAUGUUGUUAGGAGAAAGUUGAUGUUGUUCACUCCUGAGACUUAAUAUAAGGGUUUAAUAAAACCCUGACUUGUAAAGACCAGUGUAGUGAUGCUGUUAUGGCCAGUAGAAUGUGCAAUAUAGCCUUUUUGAAAAAAUACCAUAAUACUCUGUGUUGUCCUUCCCAAAUUUUGCAUGAGCAUAAGCAUAAUUUGUAGUUUUCAAUUUCUUUUGGGACUUACAGUUGCCCCAAGAGAAAUUGAAAACAAUGCUCAUACAAAAUUUUGGAGGGUCAACAAAGAGUAUUGAGGAAUAUUUGAAAAAAGACCUAUUUGGUUUUUUAACCUUUACAUUUUUUUUUCUUUUUUCUAGGGUGAUGAAUGCCCUUACAGACAUGAACCAGCUGCAUUAGGAAGUGAGACUACUUGCCGACAAUGGGAGCAAAAUCGAUCAUGCACCCGAGAAGUGUGCAAUUUUAGGCAUUCGCUCAUAAUGGUAUGUAGAAACUGUUGUUUAAGUAGAAAUAUCAAGCCAGAAGUUUUUAAUAAGGUGUACUUGAAGAUAAAAUUGCUGUUAUUUGCUUAUUCUUUAUUUAUAGAAAAACAGAUCUGAUACUCCUUGUUACUAUGAAUCUCAACCAAGUGGAUGUCUGAAACCUUUCUGUUCAUUCCUACACAAAAAGCCUAGACCUAAUGGUCAACCUCCGUCAGUGAAUUCCAAUGGUCCUCCCCCCAUGGUACAUCAGGUCCAACCAGUUCAGCCUGUUUUAUCACGGCCUGUGGCACCAGUUUCUCUUCAUGGUGCUGCUGGCACACCAGUACCUCACCCUGUUGCACCCAUACCACACCUUCCUGCUUCAUCAGUACCCAGGAUGGCAUCUUCUGGAAGUCAGGAUGCAAUGAAGAUUCCUACUAUAUCAUCUCCACCCAGACCAAGGCUACCUAUACAGCAGAAUAUUGGCAUGCGGAGACCACAAGUACCUAUGCAAUAUCCUCCAGUUAGUAGUAGGCCAAUGCUUGUACCACAGCCACCUCAGAUGGUCAGGGCACCCCAGUUCCCUGGGCCUCCACGUCCAGCAGGCAUUGUGCAACCUAUUUCGGCCAGCAGGGGAUUCCCUCCCUCAAGGCCAGGCGGUCCAGUUAGUUAUCCAAGAGGUAUGUUUCACUUUUUGCUCUCAGAACUGGGCAACAUGAAACAGCACAAAAUAUCAAAUUUCUUCUUGCAAAGUAGUCAGCAGUUUGUGUGUGUGUUUGCACAAUGUCAAAGUCAAAAGGAAACUGCUACUUAGGCUCGAUACCAACCGCUGUUCAGGAUAUGAGCCCGCACUCCUCCCCCGAGCAGAUGGUUGGAUGUAUGACUUUGCUAUUGUCAAUUACCACCAAUGAGAUUGUUGCCUGCUCAAAUCGAGAAGGCAGCAUAAAUUUAUUUUCCUGGGCGGAGUUGUUCAAAGCUGGGUUAAGAUAACCCAGGGUUAGUGCAAGAUUUGAAUUCAGAUUUGAAAGCUUAAAAAGCAUUUCAGUUUCAAUUCUUUUUGUCUACAAGUUGAUGAUUGGAAGCUCUAAAAAAGCAGAGAAGAUUGUCCGAGAAAAUGCUUUUGAACCCAAGAAAAAGAAACCCGGGGUAAAUAUAACCCCGGGUUAAGUGCUAAUUGGCUUUCUAACAACUGGGCCCUGGAGUAGAUUUUAAAUGGCGGAUGCAAAGGUGUUGUAUAAUGUGGCGUGCGAUAGUGUUCUAGAGCAUUUUAAGCUUAAAAACCUAAAUUAUUUACAAAGAAAAGUAUUAGCUUAGAGAAGCUGUUUAGUGGUAGGUAAUUUUUUGACAUUCAACCAACCAGAACUAUGGUAGUUGACCUGAAAGAGACAACUGUGAAGUCCAUCGGUAAUGCAAAGUCAAUGCAAGUACAAUCAGCACAUGUUUCUGCUGAUCUUUAUAGCAAAUACCAAAGCGACAAUGAGGCAUAGCACAACGUUUGUUCAGUAUUUACUGACAUUUCCCAUUUCCAAUGUUUCGUAACAAUGCAGACAUUAAAUUUUGAAUUUAAGUCACAGACACAAUAGGUCACUCACGCGUCCAGCCGUCUCUUCUCAGGGAGGACCGAGAGAGUAGCAGAAAUCGAGCCCAACUACUAUAGUUGCAGACACAUGUAAAAUGUGUAGUUUGUUACGUUACACCGUGAAAGAAUGCACCCCCUAAUCUAGGUUUAUGUGCUCAGGGAGAGGCUAACCUUGAGGAAGUCAUUCCUUGGGCCCUUGGCAGAAAUCAGAACUGGCUGGCUGGCUGGAACGGUCUUUUUGACAAUAAAAAUGGGCAGAGUAGAGGUUAUGUGUUGCACUGUACGACAAAUAAUGAUAAUCAGAUGGCAGUUGCAAGGGCAAUGAAUUGCAUUCUCAUCUCAAAAAGGUUUUUAUGAACUGUUUAGGCAGAAAUCACGCCUUUUAACAAAAUUUAAUUUUCCCCUUUAGAAAUCAUAACACCGCAGCGGUCAUAUCACCUUCCACCAAUGUAUGCAGGAAGACCAGAAGGUAAAUGUGAUAAACACAAAACAGUAAUGCUAAAGGUUGGAGCAGUAGAACUUUCCAGGACCUAGAAAAAAAAAUGAAUUCCAGCUUGUCCUUUGGGCAACCAGUCCUCACAUUUUUCUUGCCUUGGGCCACUUUUUGCUCGUCUUCGUGAGUGAUUUUGUUAGAGGAUGUCUUGCCUGGACCCUUAGGGCAAGUAAGUUUUUCAAGUUACACGUACUUACCCAGCAAGAAAAUCUUCAAGUACCUUGCCCUGGACUACCACAUAGGACUUUUUUCAAGCAUUGGUUUGAUCAAAGGCACCAACUUGAAGUUGAUUAAUCUGACAAAAUAUGAAAUCGUGCACCCUCAUUUCAAUCUUGAUUAUUCCUUUGGAUCAAAAUCAAUGUUUUUACUCAUCUCCUUCAGGUUUAGCAAUGCCUUUCAUGCCAGGACUAAUCGAGGAGAAAUUUCAAGCAGACGAUUUUGACAGUCUGAGUGAAGGUAUUGCACUGCAUGAUGAGACCUAUUAAGGCUGAAACCAGAAAGAACAUUUGACAACAUUGAAAAAAAAUUGAUUUCUUGAUGGAUUAUCACAAUAAUUAUCGUGAUAAACCAUCAAAAGUCAAAAUGUUUUACAAUUGCAGGCAGAAUAACCAGAGUAGCAGGCAGCAAAGGCCUAAACUUUGUGGUUGUUGUUUUGUUUUGUGUUAAGUUGGCAGCAAAUAAACAUUCCAUAGAGUACUAAAGUGAUGACGUCAUAAAAAUGAAAUUUCUGAAAUUAUGGGAUUUGUCAGGAUAUUCUGAAAGAACAAUGUCCAAGAGGCCUUCUUGCCAAAAAUGAGCAUUUGGGGGCAAAUUGUCUCUGAGAUCGUAACCCAGUUAUACCCAGAAAACUCCAUACAAAUCCUUCCAAUUUUUUUUUGGGGUCAACCCAAAAAGAAUUUAGAAGGGUUUGUAUGGAGUUUUGUAAGCAUAACUGGGCUACGAUCUCAGAGACAAUUUGCCCCCCAGAUGCUCAUUUUUGGCAAGAAGGCCUCUUGGACAUUGUUCUUUCAGAAUAUCCUGACAAAUCCCGUAAUUUCAGAAAUUUCAUUUUUAUGACGUCACACUUUAGUACUCUAUUGGAAGGGGCAAAAUGGCUGGCUGUGGGCUCAUUUUGAUGUAGCUGAAAUAUGUGGUCCUUUCUCUAGGUUCAGAUUCUUUCUCAAGUAGUGAAGAUGAGGAGGAACGGAAGAGAUCCCGACAAGCACCUCGCCGCAAGGUUCAUAGCAGCUCACAUCGGGAAGUGUAUACAAAUAACAGGAGAGAGGUACAUGGCAGACGAAAACAGCAGUCCAACAAACCAAGUCGUGGCAGUAAGUUACUACAAGAGGAAUGCAUUGCUUUGUAGAGUAGCAGCUUCAGGCUUGUUCAUGAAUAACUUCAUGAGUAACUUUUCUUUUGUUUUGCUCCUAGGAGAUAGAAGUGAUGACAGAAAAAGACCUGAUGCCACAAGAGAUAGAAGCAAGAGUGCUGCAGGUAAUUGUUUUGCAAGUACAAAUGAGCAAGGAAAAUUUGCCAGCAUUGGAAAGGUUUUCAGAUAGGAAAAUAAUGGUGUGUUUUUAUCGUUUGAGCUAAAGGAAUGUGAUUGUAUGUACAAUAAAAAUAAAGUAGUCGUAUAUUAAUAGUGAGUUUACGCAACAAGACAGCAGAAAGAAGAGGACAGCAAAAUGCUUGUGUGUAAGAUACGUGACAGGCCUAUUACUUGUGUGUUUUGCGGUGAUCUUCACUUAAGUUAAUGUUUUCUGGUCUUUGACAAAAAGACCGGUUUAAAGGAGGGUGAAGUUCGGCGGAAAAGAUUCUGAAACAAAAUUGUUGUCACGCUUGUCACACAAAGUUUGCUGUCUUCUUUUCUUUCCCGUCCUGUUGCGUAAACUCACUAAUACUAGCACUGCCUCCUACAUGUAAGGUGUUUGUUGUCGACAAAAGUAAUAAUCAUUUGAGAGUGAAAUGACAUGGGUUUUACAGUGACUGUAAAUUCAGACUUUUUAAUAUUGAUUAUAUUAGGAGGUCAAUCAUUAGAAUACAACUAAAUUUCACAGCUAGUUACUGUAACAUAGCCUUGGUCACACAAAGUUUCGUUUCUGCUACCUAGAUCAUGACACCUUGAAGCAGUAAUUGACUCUUAAUAAGUAGUUGAGGUUGCAUGAGAGUGUGUGAGAUCAUGACAGUUUAGACCAUAACAGGGUGAAUAUGUCUAAAGGUUCAGCCAGCAUGAGAAAACUACUGGUUUUGAGUGUUAAGGAGAAAAAGAGAAAAGCUUGAACACUCUUCAGUUCUACGGAAUGAAUGUCAUUCUCAUAUACACUAGGUUUGUACAGUCUUGAAUUCCUGAAAAAGUCUUGAAAUUUGCAAAGCAAUUUUCCAGAUGUGGAAAAAGUUUGGAAAAUGAUAAAAAAGUCUUUUUUUUCCAGAGUUACAAGUUCUUAAUAAGUGAUUUUGUUUUUCCCGUAGUCCAAUCCCACUCAAUCUCACCCGUAGCCAAAACGUUUCAUCACAAAAUGAGAAGUUUCAUAACUCUCUUGGUCACCGUACAUUUACAAUGCAUCAUGAAAAAAGCUUGGUUCCUGUGUUUUUCAAGGUCUCUAUUGAUCACCUAUUGUAACCUUGAGUCUGGAAAAAAAAUAUUGUUUUGGAAAAAGUCUUGAAUUUUGGAUCCAAAAAUCUGUACAAGCCCUGUUUUACAGUACUCUGUAUUACGUUAUAUUCGUUUGCACAGAAGCUGAACGUGACAGGUCUAGGACAAAAAGAAAACCAUCAAAGAAGUCACCACCAAAACGAGAAAAUGAAGCACGUGAGAGGCAAGAGACCAAGCAGGAAAGAAAGCCCAGUUCAUCUAAAGAUGAAGAAAUAGAAGGAGAAACUGGGAGAGAUAAAAGUUCAGAGACAAAGGAAGCUGAUAGUUCAGAUAUAAAAGUGAAAACNUAUUACGUUGUAUUCGUUUGCACAGAAGCUGAACGUGACAGGUCUAGGACAAAAAGAAAACCAUCAAAGAAGUCACCACCAAAACGAGAAAAUGAAGUGCGUGAGAGGCAAGAGACCAAGCAGGAAAGAAAGCCCAGUUCAUCUAAAGAUGAAGAAAUAGAAGGAGAAACUGGGAGAGAUAAAAGUUCAGAGACAAAGGAAGCUGAUAGUUCAGAUAUAAAAGUGAAAACUUUGGAACAAAUAUUGAGAGAGAAAGCAAUAAAAAAGAUGGAGGAGAGAAGAGCUCUGAGCAAAGAUGUGAAGCCAGAUGAGGAUAAGGAAACCAAAGAGGAAGAGGACUUUGAUGAAUCAAGUAAAGAUACUGUGAAGGAUGAAGAAGAAGAGUCUGAUGUUGAUGAUGCUGAGAACAGUAAAAAGUCUCCACUCAAGAAAGUAGUUAGAACCAAAACCAAAGGUGAUGAUCCCCAACCUUCAAGUGAAAAGUCGACCUCAAGUAAAAAGGUUUCAUCUAUGGUUAAAAAGGUUCCUCCGAAGAAAGUCAUUAGCUUAAAUAAUGAUGACAACAAUACUCUAAAUACUUCAAGUGAAAAGACAAGAACUUUAAGAAAGGUGUCAUCAAACAAUGAAAAGAACUGGCCUCUUAGGAAGAUAAUGAGCACCGUUAACAAAGACAAUAACAGUGUUCAGUCCUCUGCUGUUGCAGAAAAACAUUCUAUUAAGGAUGAAGAUGACGGUAGUGGGGAAGAGAAGGAAACAGAAGGAACAGAACCACCAUCUCCGUUUCAAGAAGUCAGGGUGAAAACAUUUGAAGAAAUAAUGGAGUUGAAGAGAAAGAGAAGAGCUGUGAAGGAAGCUUCUGAAAAUGCAGCUGAAGAAAUGACAGUCAGUACUACAGAGGAAUCAAAGAGCACCACAAACUUGGUGUUGAGCCCUCCAAAACGCUUGAAAAGAAUAGUGCGGAAGUCAUCUGAUGAUGGAGAUAAGCAGGAGUCAAAGGCCGAGUCCUCACAGGGUGCGGAGAAGCCUCGGCCUGUACAGAAAAGAACUGUGUUUGUGAUGGAAAAGCCAGCCCCAAGUAAACAAAACACCGAGGAUGGUGAGUUGUUUUUUUGUUUAACGUGCUGUAGAUUUGGAUGUUUGUUACACAAUUCCCUUCAUUUUUCUCCCCCUCCCAAUCCUUUACAUUUUAUGGUUCACUUUCCCCCAAUACUCGCAAGGUUCUGUGAUACAUGUAUUUUCCUUUUGCUUCCUCUUAGUAACUGGGUCCAUCAUGCUCAUGGUAUCCAAGGAAAAUCCCUGGUCCCUGGUUAUUAGAGGCAACCCUGUCCUUCUUACAUGUCACUUAUGUGUGAGAUGUGAUUAAAGGGAAAAUGGAAGCUUUGCAUGUAUCAGGGAAACCAGUUUCAAUAAUUUGGCAUUAUGUUGAUACAGGUGGACUAACUGGUACAGGAUUAGUGACAGGAUUAGCUCAGUCGGUAGAGGGCUUGACAGCGAAGCGGAAGGUUGUGGAUAGGAUUCCCCAGGUUAAACGGAUACUCAGGGUCUUAAAAUAACUGAGAACUUUAGCUAUGGUGUACUCUCUUUGCACUGCAAGUGGCUGGACCUUCACAUGGCUUGGAUGAUCACGUAAAAUGACAGUCCCGUUUCCAGUUGGAGAUGUGAAAAUAGUGUCCCUAAUUAGUACUUUUAUCCUAAAUGCAUUGACACUUAAAUAAAGUGCUUUUUUUUCAAAGGCAUUCACUUUAUAUUUUUAAGGUGUUGUGUCUUCUGCUACCACUAAAGUGAACAACAAGCCACAAGAGAAAUCCCAGAAACAGGUAAGAUUUAAUUCAACAUAAAUUCAAUAGUUGUAGUGAAGCUUAGUACACUUACUUUUCCACGCCUCCUCAUAGAGAAAGUGAUAAUUUUUAUGUGCUUCAUUCAGGGCUGUCACUAAUUUUUAAAGUUAGUGGGAAACUAGCCAUGGAUUUUACAUUUUAUGUUGCCAACAUCAUGUUUCUUUCAAUGAAGUCAGUUUUGACAUUUCUAAUGGACAGGCAAAAUCCCUGCCCCCAACCAUUAAUGACAACUGUAUUAACCCUUUAAGCCCCAAUAUCCAUAUACAAAUUCUCCAAACUGGUCUUUAUACAUUUCCUUAAGGAAUAAGUUGAGAGAAUUUGAUAGAAGAUCAAAGUAUUUUCUCUUAGGUGAUCAUUUUAUUAACUCUCAUAACCAUUUCUCUUGGUAACAUAUGGAUAUUGUUAGGAGAAAAUUGAUCUUGGUCACUAUCGGGACUUAAAGGGUUAAUUUUAUUUGAAAGCUAUGCUUCACAUUAUUACUCUAUAUUCUUAAUGACCAAUUUACGGUUUGUGAAUUAAGUCUGUAUUUGGAAGAGACAGUGCAAGUGGCACAGUAUAACUGUAAUGGUCCAUCCCAUUUUAGCCUUCAGUAGCUGAUCGUCUUGGAACACAGGAGGUUGAUGUGAAAAGCUUUGAUGUGAUAAUAGCAGAAAAAAGAAAGCGUGCUUUGCAGAAGAAGAAUGACACUCCAAAAGACGGAGAGGCUACCAGCAAAGAAGAACAACCUAAAAAUAUUAAGUUACAGAUGAGCAGACAGACGAAUUCUUCAAAACCUACUACAGGUAAGAAAGAUACAUUUACGUUUCUCAACUAUUAACAUUAGAGUCAACAGUUCUUUUGACACAACUUUUCAUAUGUGGCGUGAUAUGAAGCGGUUGUAUCAUCACGGAUGCUGAGAUGGUAAGUUUGGUUGAUUUAGAGGGAAAGAUUGUGGCCCUCAUGGUGCAAUAGGUUAUACAGGCUGUGCUUUGUCUGUAGACUUGGCUUCAAGAACAUUAGAACGCUACAGCAAUAAUAUAUUAAAGGGGUAGGAAUUUGAUCACCUAAAAUAGACCUGUGAUGGGGCAUUUAAACAGCUUUUUGGCUUGAGGAGAGGGAAUUUGAACACUUAUUUUUCAAAACUUCAAUGCACUGGGGUUGCCCAGAGAGGGGAUGUUGAAGCCUCCAUUUGACCGAUAUAUAAGGCUGUAAGAAAGCUUUCGAUCCAGGGAAUGGAGGAGUUCUGUGCCCUUUCUUCACUGUCCACAUUAGACUCGUGAGCUUGCUGGCAAGGUAAAUGUUCAAUUAUUAAUGAUACUUUUAGUGAAACGUAGAUUCCAGUAACAUCUUUUGGUUUCCUUUUAUUUCAGUGAUUAAGCCAAGAAGAAUCAAGGUCUGGUCAAAGACAAAAGAAGGUAAGAUAUUUUUUACUUAAAAAAAAAAAAAACAGGAAAGGGGGUUCAUACAUUCUUUUCUUGGUGUGUUUGUUCAAUAUUUCUUUGUUUUACAAGAAACUUGUUUGUUGCUUAACUUUAUGGCAAGGCUAAGAGGACACUGAGAAAAGUAAAUAAAUAAAUAAAUAAAUAAUGAUUUAGAGGUAGCAGAUUCACAUAGUGAUUCGUCGUCUGCCAUUCCUGGCUGAAUUGGAAUUUGAAAAUGCUAGUUUUUGAGGAGAGGGGAAAGCCAGAGUACCAGGAGAAAAACCUCUCGCAGCAAAGGAGAGAACCAACAACAAACUCAACUUACAUAUGGCAUUGAUGCCUGGAUCUGAACGUGGGCUUUAAUGUGGGAGGCGAGUGUUCUCACCACUCACCAUCCCCUGUAUAUAUAACAUAGUGGAAACAAAGUAAGCCAGUAAUCUCCCAGUAGAUCUUCUAGUCUUGGAUCCAGACCUUUUAUCUUCCACAACAUGAAUUUUCUGAUAAGCUAACCCCACCUCUUUUCCUUGAUGUCUGUCUGUUGAUUCAAUAGAGACCUUUAGAUUCGGGGACGAGGACGUGGACGACUACGGGUUACCCUGCGAGCAGAGGCUACAUUUUCGCGGUAUGAGAUGGCGUGCGAAAAGUAACUACUUUUCGCACGCCAGCUCAUUCCGCGAAAAUGUAGCCUCUGCUCGCAGGGUAACUACGGGUACGAGAUUUGACUUUAAGUUUUUUCGCGUAUUCUCAAAAUAUGGAAUUCCCGGAAAGCUUCAUUUUACCAUUUUUCACUAGAAAAGUUAUCACUGUCAUCUUUAGUGAAGGCGGUUACGCGCUGUCCCGAUCGCAGAAUGAUAAAACUCCUAACAUUUGAUGUCUUGUUCUCGUCACCACGACAUUCGCGCGAAAACUCGUAGUAGAAUGACGACGGCUACCACAGUUUUUCCGCCAAAAUGACGCUGGCUCACACGCGUACAUUACUUAGUAUUGAGAAAAUCUCGUCCUAGAAUCUAAAGGUCUCUAAUGACUCGCCCCCUACAUUAUAAUUCCACAGAUGUCACAACCAGCAAGGCAGAUUCUACUCUUAAGGAACAUGAAACACAAGUUCAAUCUUUAGCAGAUGAUCAAAACGAGCUGCCUUUCUUAGAAGCAUCUCCAGCGACAAGCUCACAACCUGAGCCUGUAUCCAGUGAACUUGAGGCCGCAGCAGAGGUGAUGCCUUGUACAGAGGAAUCCUCCGCGGCAGAUCUGAGUGUACCUGAUGAGGACCAUGACACACUUGACAGCAGUCCUCCUGAUGUGGAUUCUACUACAGCUAGUCAAGAUGUGGUUGAGGAAAGCACUGAAAUGGAUGGUGAUCAAGGAGAAGAGCCGAUUGAAGAGAACAGCGAGACUGAACAGGUAUGAAUCUCUUGAAUUUGUGUCUUCUCUGUUACUUGCAAGGAGUACAUUCAUGAGUAGUAAAGGAUGGUACUUUGCCUAUCCAUCAAAGUUUUCUUGAAUGCUGAUUGGUUGAUUCAUGUCACGUGGGGUUUAAUGUUCAAUGCUGAUUGGCUACUAGGGAAAUUACCUUCCUAAACAACUAAAAUGCUGUAACUAUUCAAGAAUAGGAAGAGCAGCAAAAUGCUAUUCAAUGCGAGGGACAGUAAUACUUCUGCAUUCAGUCAUCUUGUUAGAUCUUACUUAAGGUAUCAGCCACCCUUCAGGACCGUCCGCGCGCGGAUCGCUGUAGCGUUAAUUGUCUUUAUAAAAACCCCUAUAAACCAUAUAUUUUUUAAAAGCUUAAUAAUUCCAGAUUAUGGAUUUGAACAAACAAAAACGAUUUACUUAAAUGUGUUUCGAAAUUAGAACGCUUUGUGUAAAAGUACACGUCUCUAUAAAUCUUGUUCCACUCCCGCCGGAAAUAAACGGAAGAAAACAAUUAACACCGCAUUCGCUUCUCAACAAGUUCCACUAAAAAACCGUGUCUCAGAUUUUUGACAAGUGCGUUUGUUUUUCUUUUAUUAGCAAAUGAAGUUGGGGAAGGCAAUUAGUCAACAAUCCCUGUGGAAAAAAAGCUCUAGCUUUAAAAUGAAAGGUACGACUACGGGUUACCCUGCGAGCAGAGGCUACAUUUUCGCGGUAUGAGAUGGCGUGCGAAAAGUAACUACUUUUCGCACGCCAGCUCAUUCCGCGAAAAUGUAGCCUCUGCUCGCAGGGUAACUACGGGUUCGAGAUUUGACUGUAAGUUUUGUCGCGUAUUCUCAAAAUAUGGACUUCCAGGAAAGCUUCAUUUUACCAUUUUUCACUAGAAAAGUUAGCACUGUCAUCUUUAGUGAAGGCGGUUACGCGCUGUCCCGAUCGCAGAAUGAUAAAACUCUUAACAUUUGAUGUCUUGUUUUCGCCACCACGACAUUCGCGCGAAAACUCGUAGUAGAAUGACGACGGCUACCACAGUUUUUCCGCCAAAAUGACGCUGGCUCACACGCGUACACUACUUAGUAUUGAGAAAAUCUCGUCCUAGAAUCUAAAGGUCUCUAAUGACUCGCCCCCUACAUUAUAAUUCCACAGAUGUCACCACCAGCAAGGCAGAUUCUACUCUUAAGGAACAUGAAACACAAGUUCAAUCUUUACCAGAUGAUCAAAACGAGCUGCCUUUCUUAGAAGCAUCUACAGCGACAAGCUCACAACCUGAGCCUGUAUCCAGUGAACUUGAGGCCGCAGCAGAGGUGAUGCCUUCUACAGAGGAAUCCUCUGCGGCAGAUCAGAGUGUACCUGAUGAGGACCAUGACACACUUGAUAGCAGUCCUCCUGAUGUAGAUUCUACUACAGCUAGUCAAGAUGUGGUUGAGGAAAGCACUGAAAUGGAUGAUGAUCAAGGAGAAGAGCCGAUUGAAGAGAACAGCGAGACUGAACAGGUAUGAAUCUCUUGAAUUUGUGUCUUCUCUGUUACUUGCAGGGAGUACAUUCAUGAGUAGUAAAGGAUGGUACUUAGCCUAUUCAUCAAAAUUUUCUUGAAUGCUGAUUGGUUGAUUCAUGUCACGUGGGGUUUAAUGUUCAAUGCUGAUUGGCUACUAGAGAAAUUACCUUCCUGAACAACUAAACUGCUGUAACUAUUCAAGAAUAGGAAGAGCAGCAAAAUGCUAUUCAAUGCGAGGGACAGUAAUACUUCUGCAUUCAGUCAUCUUGUUAGAUCUUACUUAAUUCUGGUGAUUAUAUGUAGGAGAAAAAUAUUCUAAACGGGCGCAAAUUACCUUAUAAAGGCCAAUUUUCUUGUCUUUCAGUGAGGAACAAGGCUAUUUUCGAGGAAUUAUUUUUUUUAGCUUUGGUUGUUAAAUAACGUUCAAGUUUCCCUUGUUUUUUUCUGAACAGGAAUCAGAGCAACCUACAGAGCAAGAAUUGGUCGAACCACAGCGGUCAAAAGAGGCACCAUCUUAUGACGAAAUAAAGAAGGCAGUGUAAGUCAACUAAAGCCAUUGCCUUUUCAUAACUGUGCUUUUAUCGAUGAUGCACAAUGUAGAGGAGCUUGGCCGAGCUUCCACCCAAAAACGUUCCCUUGAGCGAGUGAAUAUUUUGCUUUAAACUUUCGAAUAGAUCUUCAAUUUAGCUUCCGUAAAUGAGGUUUUUUAUUGUGCCUAACUUUCUUACAGGUACUCAAUAAGGCUAUUCCAUUAGGUUGGGAGCAAGAUACUCGCUAUGACAUUACUUGCAGUCUUGGAUUCGACUUGGGUGGCCAUUAAGCCAAGGGUACAACGACGAAGUUUUUGGCCAGCGGUUAAGAUUGAAAGUUGCGUCAUGUAAUAGCAUACCGUAAACUGUUGCAAAUGUUAAACGCGAUGAAAAAGUGGGAGACUACUGCUGUGAUAUUUGCAGCUUAGCCUAUGGACGCAAUAAUGCGCGUAUAGGUAGCAUUGCACCUUUUGUUUGUAAAUUUCCACCGAUAUUUGCUAAUGCAUUCAUCCUGGUUGUUAACUAACACUUCGUAUUGUGAUCUCUUAGUAAAAACUAAUUCAGUUCUAUUUUGCCUUAAUGCAGAGCGAAUGAAAUGUCCAAGGAAGAUGAUUUCUUCGAUGACUUCGACGUGGACCUAGAGUUGGGCGAAGACGACAACAUUGAAAUCGAUGAACAUAUGAAUGAAGACGAUUUGCUUAUGGAGCUUGACGAAAUGAUCAACCAGUGAAACAGGAAAGAAAGGGAAAAAAACCAUUGACUGAUAAGAAGUGCUAUGAAUGUUCCGAGUUGAUUUAUGGAUGGCAAAUCCUUGCCUGGGACAAUAAGAUGAUCUUUUCUACUGAAGGAGAAAAGUCGUGGAUUAAGUUUUUUGAGCAGCAUGGAAGAGAGUUAAUCAAGAACGUAACAUGUUAAAGUGGUUUUCGUCGAUCAAGUCGAUCAACCUAGCCAGAGAACCGGGAAAUGAAAAAACACUUUAAAGUGGCUAAGACAGUUAAGUACCGUUCCGUAGGUCUUGGCAACUCGAUAAUCCAGCGCAAGUUACAUACAAGAAACUUAAAGAGGAAAUCAAGCCUUUGUUAGAGUCGAGAAGUGACAAUGUCUCUCCGGCAUCGUGCUGGCUCGUAACUGUAAAGGGUGUUAACUUUUAUGGUGUUCGCGGUAACAAAACGCUUCUGUGCAUGUGCUACGACGAACUGGAUGAAACACGAUUUUAUGUACACGCUUUCCAGAUAUUUCUUGAUUUCCUUCAGGUUCUGUCAAGAGGCGAUGCAGGAGACUUUGCUAAUAAAAGGGACAAAAGUGAUAAUCAAGGAUCACCUCUCACACUGACUAUUUAAUUUUACUUUAAGUGGAAGUAUGUUUUAAGUGUACACAGCUGGGUCAAAAGCGUCCUGCGGACUAAACAGACAACUAGCUGUUAUCGUUGUUUGCGCUACCGUUGCUACCUUUGUGAACUGGAUGUUCUUGAUUGCUUAACAAUGUCCAGUGAUGAAUCUCCAAGAAAGCUUCCUCACAUACGUGUCCUUGUUGCUCUAGAGGCGGUUUUCUUCCGCAAUACGCCGUUUCUUUUCACCGAGUAAACACCAUUAUAACUUCUGUUAGUGCGCACUUCGAUUUUUGCUAAUGACGCAGGUCAAAAGACGGUGAACAUUAGUGGGUAGCAUUAUCAUCAUAUUACUAACAAUGGUAGAGAGUUGCCUUGGAUGAAUCGGACCACUCAUUCUGCUACACAAGUAACAUGUCAAGAGACCUGUCCGAUGCUGUCUUGCUCAUUGGCUGCGAGUUGACCGCUAAAUAAGCUGUUGCGCAGAUUUCAGUGGCGCUACUUGCAUUGUAACUAUAUUCCAGGCCGUUUGCAGCACGUUUCCACGCUUGGCGCGACACGAUACACAAACUCCUGAAACAUUGUCAUACAAGAACGCUAACUGUUUAACACCAAAACUGAGCCAACUGUUGAAGUAAUUCUCCACUUAGUCUUGUUGUCAACUUCGUGACUAUUCAACUCAGCACGAUGGCAGUGAAUAUUAGUGAAUACCCCUCGUCUGCGUUCCAGUUUUGGCUUGGUAACGAAGAGUCAACUGCCUCAACUACUUCAAAUAAAGCGACACGAAACGUUUGAUUUCCUUGUUAGUGCACAUUGCAGACUAAACAAGACCCCAAGCUGUGAAAAAAAAACAAUGCUGAACGCGUGCGGUAGCUUACAAUCGUCUAACUACAGCAAACGUCUGUUGCGGAACGUGUUCCCUGUUCACUAAACAGAAGCGAGCAGCGCCAGUCGCAGGUUCAUCAUAAUUCGUAUCACCAACGAGUUAUCAGUCACCAAAUGGCCAAGUUUGCUUCUGCACCGACUCAUUUUCGCAGCCUAAAUAGGUUACAGUCAUGGCUCCAUUUAUGUGGUGGAAUUGCUGCUCAUCAAGAGGAACGGUGAAUUAUGUUUGACUCUAUACACUUAGACGUGAUGAUAGUACACCCACAAUUGCCGUAGAAUCAGUGGUGGAAGCGUGCUGGCGAAAAAGCUUAGAUCUUCUUAAAGUACGUCAUAAUAUAGCCACACACUGUCACAAGAUAAGCAGUACGUCAAGACGCCAAUGUCCUGAUUUUCAACAUUUUACCCGAACGGAAACAGUUAUGCUAUACUGACUCUUUGACUUGUCAACUCCAGACUAAGCAUUUAUAUGACAUUUCAAUUGAUUUGUAACAGUAAUGGCUACUUCUACGUGAACAUUAAAGAUUGGACGUUAUACAGCAUAGGACAGUCACGGGAGAUGUUGUUUUAAAAAGGCGUUUCGCUGUCGUUGACCAAGGCUGCUCCGACACUGUGUGACAAGUUUGAGUCAAGUGCAAAGUUGGCAAUUAUUUUCAACAGUGUUGGCGUUACAUGUGCUCCGUGAGUUCUCGGUAACUAAGACUAAACUGAGUUAAAUAUUUAUAGUGAAGAAAAUGCUGGCGUAAAGGGAUAGUGUCAAGGAGUUACGCUGUGGACAACUUGCCACUUGUUGGAUGAACGUGAUUGACUAGAGUGUUCACACUCUGCUUAUCAAUUCAAGUUGUGAUUCCUUUCGCUUUCUUUUGCUCUUCUUUGGCUUUCUUUGAUGGAACCAUUAAGGUAAAGGUUUACGGUUCUAUUGUUAGUUCUUGUUGCUCGCUAUUUUGUAGAAUUCGUUUUUAAUCUUUUCGCGUCGUCGAUCUUGGCAGGUUCUGGAUCGAUACAUCCAAGACACGUUCCCUUGAACUCCUUCAUAUGGUUUAGGAAAGUACUUUUAUUUUUUGAAAGUGUAAAGAAAGGAGUUAAAUACGAUAAUUACUUCAUACCACAAUAAGACUUGUAUAUGUUAGUUCAGUUUGAAAUAUUGUAAUUACUAGCUUAGUAAGGUUUAAAAGUUAGGUUCACAAUCGUUUUGAACUUCGGGAGAACGAUGAAUAAUGAUUCUCCCCCGCAGUUUUGUGAAAUCAUGUUGAAAAUUCAGUUGUACAUAUGAAAUGCUACAAGAAAAGAAGAUCUAUAUCAAAGAGCAACAAUUUGUAAAUAGAUUCCCGUAAAAGGUACUACAAGGGUUUUUCUACAGUACUGCCGGCGAGAAAGAGUUUUAUGAUACUUAAACUUAAGGAAGAUUACUACGUUCCCUUCUUUUCUGAAAAUCAGAGGCAAAUGCUUCGUUAACAGCGUUCACUUCUUUUUCUUUUCUUUAUCCGUAUUUGUAAGGAGAAAUAACUUAAGCUUCCUUUUUUGCCAAUGUCAAACUGUGUUUUUUGUCACUUAAAAUUUCUGCUUAAGAAGAUGACUGCGGAUCUUACGGUUGAAAGGAUAAAAACAAUAAUAAAAGUGCAAAGACAAAACGCAGUUUUGUAUUUUACUCUAGUCAUCAUUAUGUCCCGCUUUUGAUCUAUUCACCUUCUUUCAUGCAGAUUUAAUCCAAUCAGAAGCCAGCUGGAAACUGUCCUCAACUUCUGAUUGGUUAAUGUCUGCAUGAAAGAAUGUGAAUAAAUUAAAAGCAGUCACACUUUUGGGUUCCUUGCUGUAACUUUCUCACAUGGCUAUCGAGGUGGCCGUAAGGUGGGGUUUCACUGUAUUCCGGAUUCCAAAACUCAGGUUUCCAUAUCCAUAAGAAAAAUUUUUUUUCCGAUUCCGGAAAAUUCCUGGAUUCCCUUAUAUGGGGUGAUUACAGCGUUUUCACAUGACGUCCCGUCCGCCAUGUUGGUAAUGCAAAGUAAUGAAACGACGCCCAUGUUGGUGUUCCACAUGAGUCCUGUACGUGGGAGUUGAACCAACCUUUUUCGUCUGUAAAAACUUUCGUUUGAUCCAAUUAAUUUGCACAGCUGCUGGCCACGUGGGUGAAAAACGCUUUAUUGGGCCAACUUCUUCAAGUUGAAGAUCAACCGUGAUUCGUCAUCGAAAAUUCCAAAGAAAACUGAAGCUGCUUCGUUUUCUUUUUAGCUAUGAGAAAGUGGAAGAUCUCUCUCUUUCUCUGUUCUUAGCAUCAGAAAUAAUUACUUAGGAUACCGUAGUUUCAACUGCUGCUCCAAGGCUAGUUUUGUCUCCACUUCUGCUCCAUUUCGCGCCAUUCGGACGCUAUUUUGAAACGUGAAAAUAGCAGGGAGCUGUGGCCACCCAAACCGGUCCUCGGCGUAUCGCAGAAAUGAAAAAGGCAUGCACACAGAGAACCAGUGCAAACCUUACGCUACGUUCACACAGCGCUCGGCGUUUAGUCGUUCCGUUCACACCGCGGCAUCACCCUAACCGUACGAAAAUUUAGACGUCUAGUCGUUCAAAGUUCCUUGUGAACAGCGAGAAAAUGAUGAGCGGUUCCGUGUGAACUAAGUAGCCGGUCUUUGCCUUGGAUGAAUCGGACCACUCAUUCUGCUACACAAGUAACAUGUCAAGAGACCUGUCCGAUGCUGUCUUGCUCAUUGGCUGCGAGUUGACCGCUAAAUAAGCUGAUGCGCAGAUUUCAGUGGCGCUGCUUGCAUUGUAACUAUAUUCCAGGCCGUUUGCAGCACGUUUCCACGCUUGGCGCGACACGAUACGCAAACUCCUGAAACAUUGUUAUACAAGAACGCUAACUGUUUAACGCCAAAACUGAGCCAACUGUUGAAGUAAUUCUCCACUUAGUCUUGUUGUCAACUUCGUGACUAUUCAAGUCAGCACGAUGACAGUGAAUAUUAGUGAAUACCCCUCGUCUGCGUUCAAGUUUUGGCUUGGUAACGAAGAGUCAACUGCCUCAACUACUUCAAAUAAAGCGACACGAAACGUUUGAUUUCCUUGUUAGUGCACAUUGCAGACUAAACAAGACCCCAAGCUGUGAAAAAGAAAACAAUGCUGAACGCGUGCGGUAGCUUACAAUCGUCUAACUCCAGCAAACGUCUGUUGCGGAACGUGUUCCCUGUUCACUAAACAGAAGCGAGCAGCGCCAGUCGAUGGUUCAUCACAGUUCGUACCACCAACGAGUUAUCAGUCACCAAAUGGCCAAGUUUGUUUCUGCACCGACUCAUUUUGGCAGCCUAAAUAGGUUACAGUCAUGGCUCCAUUUAUGUAGUGGAAUUGCUGCUCAUCAAGAGGAACGGUGAAUUAUGUUUGACUCUAUACACUUAGACGUGAUGAUAGUAUACCCACAAUUGCCGUAGAAUCAGUGGUGAAAGCGUGCUGGCGAAAAAGCUUAGAUCGUCUUAAAGUACGUCAUAUAUAGAAACACAUUGUCACCAGAUAAGCAGUACGUCAAGACGCCAAUGUCCAACAUUUUACCCGAACGGAAACAGUUAUGCUAUACUGACUCUUUGACUUGUCAACUCCAGACUAAGCAUUUAUAUGACAUUUGCAACAGUAAUGGCUACUUCUACGUGAACAUUAAAGAUUGGACGUUAUACAGCAUAGGACAGUCACGGGAGAUUUUUGUUUUAAAAACACUUAAAGGCGUUUCGCUGUCGUUGACCAAGGCUGCUCCGACACUGUGUGACAAGUUUGAGUCAAGUGCAAAGUUGGCAAUUAUUUUCAACAGUGUUGGCGUUUGAUGUACUCCGUGAGUUCUCGGUAAUGAAGACAAACUGAGUUAAAUAUUUAUAGUGAAGGAAAUGCUGGCGCAAAGGGAUAGUGUCAAGGAGUUACGCUUUGGACAACUUGCCCGUUUAUUGUAUCCUUCAUUACUACGUGCUUUGCCACUUGUUGGAUGAACGCGAUUGACUGGAGUGUUCAAACUCUGCUUAUCAAUUCAAUUUGUGAUUCCUUUCGCUUUCUUUUGCUUUUCUUUGGCUUUCUUUGAUGGAACCAUGAAGGCAAAGGUUCACGGUUCUAUUGUUAGUUCUUGUUGCUCGCUAUUUUGUAGAAUUGGUUUUUAAUUUUCACGUCGUCGAUCUUGGCAGGUUCUGGAUCGAUACAUCCAAGACACGUUCCCUUUAACUCCUUCAUAUGGUUUAGGAAAAUACUUUUAUUUUUUGAAAGUGUAAAGAAAGAAGUUGAAUACGAUAAUUACUUCAUACCACAAUUAAGACUUGUAUAUGUUAGUUCAGUUUGAAAUAUCGUAAUUACUAGCUUAGUAGGGUUUAAAAGUUAGGUUCACAAUCGUUUUGAACUUCGGGAGAACGAUGAAUAAUGAUUCUCCCCCGCAGUUUUGUGAAAUCAUGUUGAAAAUUCAGUUGAGGAAAAUUGUACAUAUGAAAUGCUACAAGAAAAGAAGAUGUAUAUCAAAGAGGAACAAUUUGUAAAUAGAUUCCCGUAAAAGGUACUACAAGGGUUUUUCUACAGUACUGCCGCCGAGAAAGAGUUUUAUGAUACUUAAACUUAAGGAAGAUUACUACGUUCCCUUCUUUUCUGAAAAUCAGAGGCAAAUGCUUCGUUAACAGCGUUCACUCCUUUUUCUUUUCUUUAUCCGUAUUUGUAAGGAGAAAUAACUUAAGCUUCCUUUUUUGCCAAUGUCAAACUGUGUAUUUUGUCACUUAAAAUUUCUGCUUAAGAGGAUGACUGCGGAUCUUACGGUUCAAAGGAUAAAAACAAUAA